AUUACUAGAAGUAUAAACUAUUUGUGCGCUUAUGUAUUUCAUAAACGCAGAGAUCAACCAGAGAGAGUGAAAGAGAUGGAAGGAGAGGAAGGUAGAUCGGUAUGCGUGACAGGAGGUACAGGAUACAUAGGAUCAUGGCUGAUCAUGAGGCUUCUUGAGCGCGGCUACAGUGUCCGAACUACCAUGAGAUCCGACCCAGGGCACACGAGAGACAUUGGCUUCCUCACUGGUCUACCAGGAGCAUCGGAAAAGCUCCAAAUCUUCAAUGCAGAUCUCAGCAUUCCAGAGAGUUUCAGUGCAGCCAUUGAAGGAUGCAUCGGCGUCUUCCUCGUUGCUACUCCGGUUGAUUUUGAAGACAAAGAGCCAGAAGAGAUUGUGACCAAAAGAUCGAUCGAUGGAGCAUUGGGCAUCUUAAAUGCAUGCCUGAAUUCUGAGACUGUGAAACGAGUCGUAUAUACUUCAAGUGCAGCAGCUGUUUUGUACAUAAAUGGCGAGGACGUUGAUGAUGAAGCAGAUGAGAGCAUUUGGAGUGAUGUAGAUUUCAUCAAAGCACUAAAGCCAUACGGAGCUUCGUAUGCGGUUUCCAAGACAUUAACUGAAAGGGCAGUUCUUGAAUUUGGAGAAAAACAUGGGUUGAAGUUGGAUGUCUUAACAAUAAUCCCUUCCCUUGUUAAUGGACCCUUCAUUUGCCCCAAGUUGCCCAGCUCCGUUAGCGUAGCAUUGGCUAUGAUCCUUGGUAAGGAGGAUGCAUAUAGUUUUCUUGCGAGUACUGCAUCUUCAAUGGUGCAUGUAGAUGACUUGGUCAGAGCUCAUAUUUUUCUCCUUGAAUAUCCUAAUGCGAAAGGAAGGUACAUUUGUUCGUCAGAUGGAAUCACAAUUCAACAGAUGCCUGAAUUUCUUGCUGCCAAUUACCCAGAAUUUCAAAUGCCAACACCAGAUUCAUUGAAGAAAUAUGGAGGUUCUAAAAUACCAGGGCUUUCAUCAAAGAAGCUUUUAGAUUCUGGGUUCAGAUAUAAAUAUGGUGUCAAGGAAAUGUUCGACGAAGCAAUUCAAUGUUGUCGAGAAAAGGGUUAUCUUCAGUUCAAUGGUUAAUGAAUUAUAGAUUCUACCACUAGUUUGUCAAAUAAAUGUAAGGAGCACGGUAUCUUGGCCGGACAUGAUAUGCCCCUUACCCCCACUAGAUUUGUGUCUUAGGCUUGCAUUUGAAUGUUGGCUUUAUCGUCUAUUAAGUUGGUCUAUCAAUCGUGAGUCAUGAGUACUCAAAAGAGAACAGCAAUUUAUUUUGCAUGUAUGCUUGAUUUAUAAAUUAAAGUAAGUUGAUA